CUGAAGAAUGGUAUUUUCCUAUUGGUGCUCAGCAAUAUGGAAAUUUUUCAUGUUUUAUUUUUUAUUUUUUCAUUUACAUUUUAAUAUCGAGAAAUUACGUUUUUAGUCGAGACACAGGAAAGGAGCAGAUCCUGGCCAUCAGAGGGCAGUACAGUGACGUCACCGCGUCAUCCUCGAGGCCUCGAAGAAAAACGUUUGGCGCGCGAGCUUUGGAAAAAUGGCGGAGGACCGUGAAGCAAACUUGGGAUCCUCGGAUUCCCUCAAACUGUACGAGGCACAGUUCUUCGGCUUCACCCCUCAGACCUGCAUGAUGCGGAUGAACAGCGCCUUCCAGGACUGUCUGUACGAGAUGCUUGUAGUCGUCGAGUCCGUGUUUGUCCGUAAACUGUCGCAGGGCAAAGAUCCUCCUGAAGAGCUUUGCGUAAAGACUCGAGAGUGCACGCAGAAACUGCUGCAGUUCCUGCAGGAACGCUUCCUGAAGCUGUCCAGUCGCAUGGAAGGUCUGUUGGUGAACAGCGUGCUUUCAGUGCCGGAAAACAUCCUUCUGCCCGAAGACGAAUCGCACCGCAAAUACCCGGAGAGCAGAGAACAGCUUUUAAAGCUGGAGGCUUCGAUCGCAGAGCUGCAAAAGUCUUACGAGGCAGAGGUGUGCGCAAAACAAGCUCUCUUGGCUGAGCUGGCUGAGCAGAAGGAAACUCGGGAGCAGCUGGACGAGGUGCUGCAGUGGAUCGACGAGCUGCGCUUAUCCUGGAGGAAAGAGGGAAUGGGAAAUGUUCGAGACAGCUUCCAGAAUAUGAUUGAGACUGUGAACCAGCUGCAGGGUGAGAUGGGGAAAAUCCGGAAGAAGAGCAAACCCCUAGAUGAAGUGUGAUCAUCCUGUGCCUUCAUUGAUGAUUUUUUUUUUCCCAGUUGCACACCAGUGGUGCUCGUUUGUGCAAGGCUGGUCCAUCCACAAGGGGGCGGCAGUGCACAGUCUGAUUAAGCCACCUUGUUGAUCCGCCAAAUGUGCUCUUCUCAGCAAGGCCUCGCAUCUAAAACCCUGGGGUUCCUUCUUUGACAUUUGAAAUGCAGUCACCCCAAAUCCCCCCUUUUCCAUCAAAUCUAUUGUCUAUACCAUGCCAAGGCCAGGUUCAUGUGUAUUCUCUUCUUUUUUUUUUCCUUCAGUGCAAUGAGAUCAAACUGAAUUUCUUAUAAGCCCAAGCCUGUGUGCUUUCUUCCUUGUUCACAGCAGGAGGCCUGUAGACCUAAUUCAGGGUCUGUGCUUUUACAUGGUGCAUUGUGCCCCAUGAUUGUAGAUACUGUUAUUGGAUGAUUUUUUUUUGUUAAGCACUUUAGCUUUGAACAAAACCUUUAAAAAAAUGAUUUCAGUUUCUUUUGUCUUGUUGUAAACACAAUAAAAGUCUGU